AUGACUCUUCGGCGGGAAGGAUUAACUCCUCCACCGACGCCACCUCAUUCAUGGUGGCAAACUGCAAGGCCACCAUCAGCUGCCAGCGUCGAGUGGUUUGAUGGUGAGGCCGCUCGACCACCAUCACGGAACGUCGUGCGGCCCUCUCCGAAGCGCGUCUAUGGUAGUGAAGGUGGACUCUGCGGCAGCUUGCUUGGGGGACCGAGGCUGCGUGCGAAAUUGUAA